GUAGUCCUUCUGACCUCCGGAGGAUCCAUUUGGUGGUUAGCGAACUGCCGAAAGUUGAGUUGUGUAACAAGGGAAAACAAAAGGACACCGCUGUGGGAGGGCAUAUCCAGUUAUCCAGAGGGUCUGUCCUCACACACUAACCCUCAGAACCCCCCGUCUAAAUUUUUUUUGUUUUUAUUUUUGAUAAUUCUGGAAUAAUGUUUUCACUUUCGACAUCGUUUCAGCCACAGCAGAUGAUAGUGCCCCUCAGCCAACUCAUCAAUGCCCUCCACUCUCUGAAGAGCUCAGCCAGCUCUGCAGCCACAGCUUCAGUCCAGAGCCUCCACAAAGACUUCACUUCAGAGAGCAAUCCAUUACUCAAAGAGCCCACUGCGAGCCUCAGGGACUUGGGCCUGUCAGAGAUCAGGGUUGGUCAGCUAGAUGAACUGGUCAGCCGGUUACUGCCCACACCAGGACCAGAGCAGCCUCCCACUGCUCCCUCAGUAUGGAGGACAUCUCACAUUUCUGCACACACUUUCUUCCAGAACAAACAUGGGUUCUCACACAGAAGGUUGGGGGUUUUUGGCUCACAGAUAUUCCACAGACAACACCACAGUCCUCUAAAAGAUGUUUGCACAGAGCUACAAUUCUUGCCAGUAUGGGUCCAGCAUCGGGGUUUCAAGACCCUUAGGUCAAAGACCAGACGAAUGGAGUCUGGUUAUGAUGGUCCAGCGGAUUCAGACACCUACACUCCAUCCUUCAUGAAGGGAUUGCUCCUGAAGGAAAAGGGACCAGAGGUUCAGUCACUGGACCAGGUGAUGAAACAGAGGAGCCUUCCAGAGACCCAGCAGGAGGCCUUCAAGACAGGUUUCACCGAAGGCUUCAUGAGAUCCCAGGCUUACACUCAGAGGACACAAGACUCGUUGAGGAGGACCAGGUUGAUCCUAUUGGUCCUCCUCCUUGUUGGCAUCUACGGCCUGUCAAGAACCCCGUUUCUAUCGGGUAAAGGGUCCUUUUCUGAUACUGUGAGGUUCCGCACCACGUCUGGUCUUGACUCGGCAGUAGACCCCAUCCAGAUGAAGAAUGUGACAUUUGAGCAUGUCAAGGGAGUGGAAGAGGCAAAGAACGAACUUCAAGAUGUUGUUGAGUUCCUGAAGAACCCCCAGAAGUUCACCGUUCUGGGUGGAAAGCUACCUAAAGGGAUCCUCCUGGUUGGUCCACCAGGAACAGGAAAGACUCUGUUGGCACGUGCUGUGGCUGGGGAGGCUGAUGUGCCUUUCUACUAUGCUUCUGGAUCAGAGUUUGAUGAGAUGUUUGUGGGUGUUGGUGCGAGCCGUAUCAGGAACCUCUUCAAGGAGGCAAAAGCUAAUGCUCCUUGUGUAAUCUUCAUUGAUGAGCUGGACAGUGUUGGUGGAAAGAGAAUUGAGUCUCCUAUGCAUCCUUAUUCCAGACAAACAAUCAACCAGCUGCUUGCUGAAAUGGAUGGGUUUAAACCAAAUGAAGGCGUCAUCGUUAUUGGUGCUACAAACUUUGCAGAGGCUUUGGAUAAUGCUCUGGUGAGGCCAGGAAGGUUUGACAUGCAGGUGACAGUCCCUCGUCCGGACGUGAAAGGACGCACUGAAAUUCUCAACUGGUACCUGUCCAAGAUCAAAGUGGAUCCUGAUGUGGAUGCGGAGAUCAUUGCCCGGGGCACAGUGGGCUUCUCAGGGGCGGAGCUGGAGAACCUGGUGAACCAGGCGGCCCUAAAGGCAGCCGUGGAUGAGAAAGAGAUGGUCACAAUGAAGGAGCUGGAGUUUGCCAAGGACAAGAUCCUCAUGGGCCCUGAGAGGAGGAGUGUAGAAAUUGACAAGAAAAAUAAGACCAUCACAGCCUAUCAUGAAUCUGGUCACGCCAUUGUUGCUUACUACACCAAAGAUGCAAUGCCCAUCAAUAAGGCCACCAUCAUGCCAAGAGGCCCAACUCUCGGUCAUGUUUCCAUGCUGCCAGAGAACGACCGCUGGAGCGAGACUCGUGCCCAGCUGCUGGCUCAGAUGGACGUCAGCAUGGGCGGCCGAGUAGCAGAGGAGCUCAUCUUUGGAGAUGACAACAUCACUACUGGAGCAUCCAGCGACUUUGACGGAGCAACCAAAAUUGCAAAAAUGAUGGUGACUAGGUUCGGAAUGAGUGACAAGCUUGGUGUCAUGACCUACACUGACCUCUCCAAGCAGAGCCCCGAGACGCAAGCUGCCAUCGAACAGGAAGUGCGAGCUCUACUGAAGGACUCAUAUGAGCGAGCUAAGAACAUCCUGAAGACCUACAGUAAGGAGCACAAGAAGCUAGCCGAUGCCCUGCUGACAUAUGAAACACUGGAUGCCAAAGAGAUCCAGAUGGUGCUGGAGGGCAAAUCACUUGACCACUAGAUACCUCAGCAGAAAAGACAUUUUAGACUUUGUUUCCAUGUAUAUAUGAAGCUGUGUAAUGGAGCAUAGGCCUUUUCAAGGCCUUGAUGCUCAUUCAGCUCUUUGUAUUUCCCUCAUUAUCAAUGUAAAGAUGACAUUGGGUCACCCCAUAUACAUAUAUACAUUUUUAUUUAAUAUUGAUUUGACUUGUGUAGUGGAGACCUCCUGUUUCAGUGCUAUUUUAAACUGUCUCUCAUUUGCAUUGGACAGAUAAUACAUUUAAUGCAAAGGCACUUUGGACUUUUGCCGUCUACAAGUUUGAAUACUUUGAAUCACAAACGACUUUGCUGAAGUUUCAGGAAAGUCUACUUUAAUUUGAUAUACCAAAAUCUUGUAAUUGGUAUAUUACCAAGACUAUGAGGCAAAAGAAUUGGCCACAGAUGAGUCUUCAUUCAGGUGAAAUAAAAAUUAUAUUUUCACUUUUUUUCUAUUUCGUUUUUUUAGGUGAACACCAUAGAACCUUAAAGUAUAUAGAGAAUGUGCUAUUUCACUGUAGCCAGAUACCAGCAAUCUUCGUCAUCUUUUCAUGGUUGAGCUCUCCAUAUUCUCUAUUUCAUGUCCCUAAAUUACAUAUUUCAAUUGCAUCUAUUAAACACAUUUUUGUUUUUAUUUAUUUAAGUGCCCAAAGUGUGUCAUCUUUUCUUAAAUUAGUGGUAGGCCCUUGUGCAAUUUGAAGCUCAACCUCUACUUGACAUAUGAGGGGAAUUGUAUAUACUGUGUGUAUAAGGAUCAGGUUUGUGCUUCUGUCUGUUUCACAGAAUUAGAAAUGGACCUUACUGAAGCUCAAAUAAAGGUUAUUCUAAACAUGA